CUUGUAAUUAAAAAAUGUCUGUGUUUAAUCAACUAAAAAAUAUAUUUCGCAAUAAUGAAAAGUCAGAAGAAAAGGUACAUAAAUUAGAGACUGUAUCUCGUAUUGUGCAAGAAGAUACAAUAGCAAAAUCAAGGUUACCAGAAUAUGAAGGAUUAGAAGAUUAUACGCUAAUAAAGAAACUGGGAGAAGGCGCUUUUUCAAUUGUAUAUAAAUCUUUGGAUAAGAAAUCAAGCCAAUACGUAGCAAUUAAGAUCAUACGAAAAUCAGAGUUAAAUCAAAUUCAGAAAGCAAGUGUCUUGAAAGAAGUGCAAAUCAUGCGUACUAUUAAUCAUUCUUCGAUUGUCAAAUUGUUAUUAUUUAAAGAAACCAAAGAACAUUACUUUUUAGUCUUGGAGUUAAUGGAAGGCGGUGAAAUAUUUCAUCAAAUCGUCCAGCUGACUUACUUUAGUGAAGAUUUAGCACGUCAUUGUAUUAAACAAGUAGCUGAAGGUAUUCGUUACUUGCAUGAGGAAAGAGGGGUUGUUCACAGAGAUAUUAAACCUGAGAACAUAUUGUUUCAAUCUAUACCAUUUAUGGAACGCAGAUUUAAGAACGAAGAUGAGCCUAAAGAGGAUGAGGGUGAAUUUGUACCUGGUCUAGGGGGCGGUGGUGUCGGCCAAGUCAAGAUUGCUGAUUUUGGUCUAUCCAAGAUUGUGUGGGAUAAGCAAACGAUGACGCCCUGUGGUACGGUUGGAUACACAGCUCCUGAAAUCGUUAGAGAUGAGCGUUAUUCAAAGUCAGUCGACAUGUGGGCCCUGGGCUGCGUUCUCUAUACCAUGCUCUGUGGGUUUCCGCCGUUCUAUGAUGAAAGCAUUGAUACCCUGACAGAAAAGGUUGCCAAGGGUCAAUAUACCUUUUUGAGUCCUUGGUGGGAUCAUAUAUCAGAUGAUGCCAAAGAUCUCGUCAAGCACUUAUUAGAAAUUAACCCUAAAAAGAGAUACACAAUUAAUCAGUUCCUAGCUCAUCCUUGGCUUCAUCGAUGGGUAAUAUACUCGCCUGAUUUAAUUGUCCCUCCUUCUACCACAACUUCACUUGCUACAGAAACCAUCUCGGUCACAUCUACACCAGCAAAAUCAAAACGAAAGGAGUUAUUUUUAUCUGGUCUUUCGUCGAUGAAGGAAGUCUUUGACGUGUCAUACGCGGUUCAUCGUAUAGGAGAAGAGCGUGCAUACAGAAGAGAAAAUAAACACAAGAGGUCAAAAUGGCAUACAUUUGGCUUACGGUCUCAUCAUAAUGACGAUGUGUCGGAUGAAUCGAAUACAGAAGAGGAUGAAAGUGCAGUAGAUCAAAUUGCGGAUAAACUAAAAUCUCAACAGUUGGAUGAGGGUGUUGGUAAACUAUCCAUCCAUAAGUCGUACCCCAAGCCUAUCAAAAAGGCGUUUGAUUUAAAUAUGAACAACUCCACUUUACUGGGAAGAAGGAGUAAGCAUGUAGCUAUACAGCAAUAGUCAUUUAGUUGUAAAUAAUAAUAAUAAUAAUAAAAAAACAGCUACAGUGUUUCCACCCUC